UCUAAGAGCCAAUCAGCUCUCCGUGACGACAGCGAGGCGUUUCCCAUCAUGCACUACAUCCAACUGCGCAUGCGUCGUUCAAAGAUGGAGUCCGAGGAGCCUCCGGUGUCGGUCUCCGUGUCUCCGGGAGAAAAGAUGAGGCUGUUGGUGAAGCAGCGAGUCCACGCGGCCGUUGAAGAGUCUUCUGGGCUGUUGGACACAUUGACAGCAGCUUAUGAGGACACCGUGUCUCCGCUCAGAGAACACGAGCGACAAGCAUCAGACGUCCAGCAGCUGUUGGUGGUUAAAGAAGAGGUUCCUUCUGAGCAGCAGGUCUGGAGCUCCAGUCUGGACCAGGUGCAUCCAGAGCCCCCACUAGUUAAAGAGGAACAGGAGGACCGGGAGAACCCAGAGCCCCCCCACAUUAAAGAGGAACAGGAGGAUCAAGAGAACUCAGUGCCCCCCCACAUUAAAGAGGAACAGGAGGACCCAGAGCCCCCCCACAUUAAAGAGGAACAGGAGGAACUCUGGACCAGUCAGGAGGGAGAGCAGCUUCAAGGGCUGGAGGAGGCUGGUCUCAAGUUCUCAUUCACUCCUGUGAAGAGUGAAGCUGAAGAGGAAGCUCAGUCCUCUCAGCUUCAUCAAAGACAAACUGAACAGAUGGAAAUAGAAGCUGAUGUAGAUGAUUGUGGAGGACCAGAACCAGCCAGGAACCCAGAUGCAGAUAGACCUCCAGAUACUGAUGAGAAUGGAGACUCUUCAGAAGCAGAUACUGAUGACUCUGUUGAUUGGAAGAAGACUAGAGAACCUCAAUCAGGUUUAAACUCUCUGAAUAAUGAUGAAGUUUCUGUCAGUGAUUCAAAAUGUAGUUCUCGUGAGAAACCAUUAAGCUGCUCUAAAUGUGGGAAAAGAUUUCACCUCAAAGGAGAUUUUAAGAAACACAUGUUAACUCACACAGGAAAGAAACCUUUCAGCUGCUCACUCUGUAAAACAUCUUUUACACGGCGUGGUCAUUUAAAGAGUCAUAUGUUAACUCACACAGGAGAGAAACCUUUCAGCUGCUCAGUCUGUAAAACAUCUUUUGCACAGAGCAGUCAUUUAAAGAGACACAUGUUAACUCACACAGGAGAGAAACCUUUCAGCUGCUCAGUCUGUAAAAGAUCUUUUAGACACAGAGGAACUUUAAAGAGUCACAUGUUAGCUCACACAGGAGAGAAACCGUUCAGCUGCUCAGUCUGUAAAAGAUCUUUUACAGAGAGAGGAACUUUAAAGAGUCACAUGUUAAUUCACACAGGAGAGAAACCUUUCAGCUGCUCACUCUGUAAAACAUAUUUUACACGGCGUGGUCAUUUAAAGAGUCAUAUGUUAACUCACACAGGAGAGAAACCUUUCAGCUGCUCAGUCUGUAGAACAUCUUUUGCACAGAGCAAUCAGUUAAAGAGUCACAUGUUAACUCACACAGGAGAGAAACCUUUCAGCUGCUCAGUCUGUAAAAGAUCUUUUAGACACAGAGGAACUUUAAAGAGUCACAUGUUAGCUCACACAGGAGAGAAACCGUUCAGCUGCUCAGUCUGUAAAAGAUCUUUUGCACGGAGUGAAACUUUAAAGAGUCACAUGUUAACUCACACAUGAGAGAACUAAUUUGAGUUGUUUUGGUAAAGUUGACAUUUAUUCGACUCCCUCACUUGUCAACAAGACCUUGAGAAACUGGACCUCCCUCGUUUGGGCCAGUGACUCACUUCCAACUGGGAGGACUCUAUCCACUAACCACUACGAAGCCAUCUCCACUAAGAGAAUAUCAUCUGGGUAGAGUAGUCACCGUGUUUGUUUUGUUUAGCUUUACCUGCCCUGUUCUUUGUCAUCGGGUAUUUUAUGAACCCCCGAGUGUUCCUGUUGUGCUUGUAGCUGCUGUCAUAGCGAUCCAGUCUGCUGAGCUUUGUUGAGUUGAGAUCCUCCACCAAGAAUAUGUCAGCAGACUGUAUUUCAUCAGUUAUCGGUCCAGUGACGUGGCUUUUGUGUGAUACAAUUACAGUUACUGUACUUUA